AUGGAAAUGUUAUUCAAAAAUUUCUUUAUCGUUUUGAUAAUUAUAAAUAUUCAUUUGACAUACGGAAGAGCGAGCGAAGCCUCAACAAAUGCAUCGCUACCCGGCAGCACGACACCGUCGGUUGUCACCUUAGACACGGAGGGGCCCGAAUUUUCUCCAGAUUCUCAAUUUGAUGCUAAUAAUUAUGAAGAUAAUAACAGCGCGAGUUCGGUGGUUUUUGUGGACGUUCCUCAGCACACGGAGACCGCACUGGGAACGUCUGUGUUAUUAGCAUGUCGAACGGCCCAUCCAGUCGUUGAUUGCCAGUGGUCCUGGCAGCCUCUGCCACCGGUAAAUCUACCUCUUCCGGACAUCAACCCUUCGAAUUCCAACGAGACCACUCGUGAAAUUCUACAGGUUUCGACAGAAGCUGUUUUUUCCCCGCCGACAACGGCCAACACUCAGUCAUUGCCUGUUAAACAAUUUCCGGCUUUCGGUAAUAAUAGUAAUGACUGUUCGGUCAGAUUUACAAAUUACAAAUAUGAACAAGUUGGAUAUUGGACCUGCGCUGCACGCACUACCGUUAAUACCUCUUUUGUCAAAGAGUCGAUAACAUUUUUGGAGUCGGAUGACGCAAUCGAAGCAGCGCCUUUGUCGCCGUUCGAAAUCCCCUGCCGAACCUUGGGCCCGGUUUCAGAAUGUCAGUGGUCCUGGCGGCUGGCGAACCAGACCGAACUUUGGAACAUCGAAGUGAAGAAGUUCCCAUCUUUCGGCGAAAACAACACCGACUGCACCAUAAAGAUCCCUUCGGCGCUACCGGAGCACGAGGGACUGUGGACCUGCGGGGUUCUGAGUGACAGCGCUCAGAACUCCAGCAGCUUCGUGGUGAACAGACCAAUAAAGCUGUUGCUCUCGGAAGUGGAAUUCAUACAGCUUUCGCGAGGUAUUCAGACAGCCUUAGGGGAAUCUGCCCUGCUCAGAUGCCAGGUGAACAAACCGGUCGUACAAUGCGAGUGGUCUUGGAAACCCCUCAAUUCCAGUAAAGAGCCCAUGGUCAUAAAAAAUUUUGUGCCAAAUGACGAUAACAAGCAUGACUGUUCAGUAAGAUUUAAAAAUGUACUAGAAGAGGAGGAGGGCCUUUGGACUUGUGCCGUAAGAUUAACACCCCACGGGCGGCUUCACGAGGCUGCUCCUGCUAAACUCACACUUUUGCCUUCUGCAAAGAUAAAUUUCACUGAAGCGCCGGAAAAUAUGUCGGUUGCGGUCUCGAGCCAUCAGCUGCUCAAGUGCGUCGCGAAUACCCGCGUCGAAAAAUGCACUUGGUUGUGGAAGUCACUGAAUGAUGACGGUGAAGUCGUCGCUAAAGAUUCUUUCCCCAGUUACGGGAGCCUGGGAACUAAUUGCAGUCUUAAUAUCAAUGCUAUUCGAAUGGAAGAUCAAGGCAGCGUUUACUUGCGAUGUGUGACCUCAUCCCAGGUGGAACAGUGCAGAUGGUCAUUAACGCCGGUUAAUUCCAACACGACAGUGGUAGUAAAACAAUUCAAGCCAGUAGUCCCCGCAGGUCGCGACUGCAGCGUAAGAUUGAGCCACGCGUUGGCCGAGCAAGAGGGCUUGUGGACCUGCGGUGUAAAAGUUCACGGGACCGAGACUUACAUGAACGCUCCGCCGGCGAAGCUGAGCCUCCUCGAACCAGCGCCAGUAAGAGUUGCAAUUACAACAAACACCCAUGAAAUUGUUACUCUGGGUUGCAAACUUUACCCUCUGCCUUCAGACACCACGUGCCAGUGGGCUCACGAUUUAAAAGAUAAAAAACGGACAAAUGCAACCCAUAAAUUAAGGCAAGGCGUGCUAAUGAAUCAUACUUCAGGAAUUUGUACUAUACAGUUUAAGCCGGAUGUCAAUGAUCUGGGACUGUGGACUUGUAAAUUUAUUAUUAAGACAGAUAAAGGCAACUUUGUGUUGGGAAAUUCUUCGCUGACGCUGGUCAUUAAGUACACAGAGGACCAACGGCUGGGAUGGAUAGUCGGCGCAGCGACCACUUUUGUUCUCUUUCUCAUGAUUCUGGCUGUGGUAUUAAUUGUUUGGAGAGCGAGGCUGUUUACAAUGGAGUCAACGAGGAUUUUUGAAACUGCGCCGCUUAGAGAGAAAAAUCAAGAGGACAGAAAGGACUCAGUGGAUCUAGAAUUGUCGGAUACUAGAUUGUCUGUUCAUUCGUCGAGUAAUUCAGUUUUGUCAAGGAACUCGACUUUUUUGGGUCAUGCUGAUAAAUAUCAGCACCCGAAAUAA